GUAUUUAGGAAUUCAUUCCAAAGUACAAGAGCCCGAAGGGAGCAAGCCCCCUUCACAGCACCCACAGACACUACACUAAAAACCAGUUGAAUGCUGUUGAUGGGUUGCUAAAUAUCCUUCAGAUAUCAGUUGGGCUUAUCUCCUAUUCAUCUUAGUAGCUUGGUUUUUCGCCUGCCACGGCUUCAUAGCUUUUCAAUCAUAGAAUGCCUUGGAAGCCAACAGGGGUACUCUGUGUAAAUUGAUCCAUUUGGAGAUCCGGCUCUGUUGCUAUUGAGAUCUUUGCAUUGAAGAGCUAUUUAGAGUGUUAGAGAUGCCUUCCCAUGCUGAUUUAGACAGACAGAUUGAGCAGCUCUUAGACUGCAAGCCAUUGUUAGAGGUGGACGUGAAAAACCUUUGUGACCAGGCCAGAGCUAUUUUAGUUGAAGAAUGGAACGUGCAACCUGUGAAGUGCCCGGUCACAGUUUGCGGAGAUAUUCAUGGGCAAUUCCAUGAUUUAGUAGAGCUUUUUCGUAUUGGUGGCAAGGCACCUGAUACUAAUUAUCUAUUCAUGGGAGAUUAUGUAGAUCGUGGAUACUAUUCUGUCGAGACUGUGUCAUUGCUAGUUGCCUUGAAAGUGCGCUACAGAGAUAGAAUUACCAUAUUACGAGGGAAUCACGAGAGCCGUCAAAUCACCCAAGUGUAUGGAUUUUAUGAUGAAUGUCUGAGAAAAUAUGGAAAUGCAAAUGUGUGGAAGUAUUUUACAGACCUCUUUGAUUACUUGCCGCUGACGGCCCUUAUUGAAAGCCAGAUCUUCUGCUUGCAUGGAGGUCUCUCCCCAUCAUUGGACACACUUGAUAACAUACGAGCUCUGGAUCGCAUACAGGAAGUACCACAUGAGGGUCCGAUGUGUGACCUUCUUUGGUCAGAUCCAGAUGAUCGUUGUGGCUGGGGUAUAUCCCCAAGAGGUGCUGGAUACACAUUUGGUCAGGACAUAGCUGCACAAUUCAAUCAUACUAAUGGUCUCAGUUUGGUUGCAAGGGCACACCAGUUAGUUAUGGAGGGUUUCAAUUGGUGUCAGGAUAAGAAUGUGGUAACAGUAUUUAGUGCUCCAAAUUAUUGCUAUCGCUGUGGAAAUAUGGCUGCAAUCAUGGAGAUCAGUGAGACGAUGGAACGGAAUUUUCUUCAGUUUGACCCUGCUCCCCGUCAAAGUGAACCUGAUGCCACUCGCAAGACUCCAGAUUAUUUCUUGUAGUAUUGUUUACUGGGAAUAUUGUAGUUUUGUAUGCUUCUGUAAAGUUUAGAAAAUCAAAUUUUGAGAAAUUAUGGGCAUUCUUUUGUUAGGGCUGUUGCUUAAUUUGUUCUGCCAAAAACAGUUGAAGAUUUCUCCCCUUUACACAUGAACACAGAUGCAGAGAAGGAGAAUAAGAUGAAUUCAGUGAAGCUUUCCUUAUAAGAGAUAUAAAUAUCAGAAGGCAAAGAUAUCCUUUGAAUUAAUUUGAAGCCACUGCAGGCUGGAUCUUAGAGGAUUUUGUUUCUCAAGAAUGGUUGUAUGCCCUGGGGAAUUAGUGAGUGGAGAGAGACAGAGACAGAGACAGAGAGAGAGAGAGAGGAGAGUAAACGGAUUCUUGUAUUAUUUAACUGCAAAUGUUGUGUUAUGUGAAUAUUUGGGUAAAUAAGGAGGGUGGAAUCUCAUAAAAAGCUUUUUUAAAGCAUUAUAGCACAGCUAGACUUGAACAGAACAGAUGAUAUAUACUGCCUGUUCAUUCAUGCCUGGCCUGUUCAUUCAUGCUUGAAUUUAUUUGUUUUUGAGGACAGACAAAAUUUGGUUAUCUCAUUGAGGAAAAUCUUUUGAUUAAUAUUCAUAAUAUAGAAGUAGAGUAAUAUUGUUUA